GGCGACGCCACCAGUGCACCCUCGCAUGGGGGGCUCGGACGUGCUCGAGGUGCCGCGAGGCACGAUGCGACUCUUGAUCGCACUCGCGCUGCUCUUCUCGUCGGCGAUGGUCGUACCGCUCCUAGUCUACUACUGCAACCGGCAAUCGCCUUCGAUUCGGUAUCGCAACCCCAAUUUUAUCUCGAUCGCGGCGGCGUGGGCGGCCAUCUACAGCAUCGCGCGCUGCGCCGUGUCGCUGAACCCCGACAUGAUUAGCUGCACGAACCUCGCGUUGCUCUUUGGUAUCUCGCUACAAACGACCCUCAUGUCGUACUUGCUCGCCGAGAUCAUGGUGGUGCUGACGUUUAACCUCACGGAACGCAUGACCAAGUACAAUGCCCAGCGCACGUCCCAGCGGGCCGCCAUCGCCCGUCUGCAAUGGCUGCUGCGACGCAAGCAUGUGACGUAUGCGUGGCUUUGCAUUCAGCUGCUGUGGAACCUCCCAACGUGUGCGCUCGUGCUCUCGGGGCCCGACUACUCGGGCUUCAACGGCACCAACUGCCCGAACGAGCUCCGACUGCGCGUGGUCCCAGUCAAUAUGGUCCAAUACUGCUGUAUCGCCAGUGGCACACUCUUGCUCUCGCGCGCGAUGAGCAAGGUCGUCGACAACUUUGGCGUCCGCACCUCGUUUCAAAACAGCUCCCGCGCCAUGUGUGUGUUUGUCAUUUGCUAUCUUCCGGUAUCGCUCUUGUACGAAACCGCGUUCGUCCAGGCGACGCACCUCGAACUCUUCAUCGUGGUCGUCGGCGCCCAAGUCAUUGUCGUGUUUCACAUGCUCGGGCCGAUCCGGCAAGCAUUUCGCGACCGCCCGUCGUCCGGGUUUGCCUUCAAGGGCACGCUGGGCAUCCUCGAAGCCUUCCUGCACACGGACGACGGAUACCAGGCUUUUUCCGAGUUUGCCAAAGGCGAGUAUGAAGUCGAGGUCCUCGUCGCGUGGCAAGCGCUUACCGAGUAUCGCGGGGAGGCCAAAGAGGCCUUGUCGGCGACCGACAUUUUUGAUACGCAUCUCGGACUGGACGCGCCGUUGCCCGUCCGCCGGUUCAUCCCACCGCUGCUCCUGCACCGGUACGAGGCGGCAUUCGCGGGCAACGCCAAGUACGGCGUCCGCCCCGACAGCGCACACGACCCCGAUUUCUUCAAUCCGCUUCUCGACGCGUUGCUCUCCCACAUGGUGCACCAGACACUGCCACGUUUUCAAGCCCACGAGAUUGGGGCGCAGAUCUGGAAAAGCUAUGUGGCGCAGUACCAGACCCGUCUCGCGCUCGAUAUGGUGCUUCAGAAGCAAGCCGAGCCGGCGACACCCGUCACCAAGUUUAGCAUGCCCAACCGCAAAUUUCGACUCGAGACGAUCCAGAGCCUGGGGAAUCUCGGGAGCGCGGUCUUUACCGAAAUGUCGGUGGCCGAGCGCCAGCAACCGGUGACCCUUGUCCACCGAUCGAGCACGGUGCCAUUGACCGCUGCGCUUCAGAGCGCCGAUGCGGGCUCGAGUCCCAAUCCGACCACACCUGUUACUGUGUCUUCGCUGCCGACGCGGCGACCAUCCAACGAAAGCUUGCGAUAGCACUACCCAAUCGUUUCUACUCUACUCGAUAGUACAAC